AUGGGCUACAAUGUGAAGCGUGUGCUGAUAGAUCAGGGCAGCUCAGCGGAUAUCAUGUUCUGGGAGGCAUUCAUCGGGAUGAAAAUUCCGACCGACCGCCUUAUGCCAUAUGCAGGUACUUUGGUUGGUUUUACAGGAGAUCAGUCGUCCUACAGCAUACUAGGCGGUCGUCCCACGUUGAAUAAGUUGGGUGCGGUUGUCUCCACACCCCACUUGAAGUUGAAGUAUCCUUUGCCUGGCGGGAAGGUCAUGGUCCUCUGCGUAGAUCAGGAGAUUGCAAGGAAGUACCCGGCAGAGGAUGUGAAGGAAGUCAGCCUGACCGAGGGAAGAACAAUCAAAAUUGGUGUGUCUUUAACUAAAGAAGACGAGGAAGGACUGGUGACUGUGUUAAAAAUCAACAUAUUGGCCUUCGCGUGGAGUGCCAGCGAUAUUCCAGGUAUCGAUCCAGAUUUCUUAUGUCACCACCUCAUGGUUGACCCCAGGGCGAAGCUAGUGAUCCAAAAAAGGCGAAAGUUCGGCGAAGAUAAGAGGAAGGCUAUAGCGGAGGAGACGAAGAAGUUGAUGGCGGCCGAUCACAUUUGA